GCCUCCAUCGCUCGAACAAGUUCCAAAACCAGCCAACCCCUCGCAACCUCAUCUUCAACUUCUCUCAGUCUGUCGAUCCUGCCGGAAAUUGACUCACACAGUCAAAAUUCCCUCCAUCGCAACCUAGUAAGAUGCCUCCCGCCAAAAAGAGAAAGAUAGCACCCUCCAGCGAGGAGCAAGCGGUGCCCGAGAAGGCGGCAAAGCACGAGACAAGCGAUGAGCCCUCAGCCGAUGGACCAGCCGCUGAACAGACAGCCGACAAGGAUCCAUCAUCACUGCCAGCAACAACAACCGCUGAACUGUCUUCCUCCUCCGUCAUCCCAGCAGCCACUGCCGCCCAGGAACGUCUCGCCCGAUUCCGCGCGCUGCAAGCCCGCGCCAAGGCGUCCUCUGACCAGAACCUGAAGGAGGCAACCAAGGAGUCGCAACGGCUAGCCACCGACCCAACCCAACUCACGGCACUCAACCGCAAGCACGCCAUCGCCUCACACAAGCUGCUCAAAGCCGACAUUGAGGAGGCCGGCGGGGAUUUUGAGCGCAAGCGGGCCUGGGACUGGACCAUCGAGGAGACGGAGCGCUGGGACAAGCGCAUGCGCAAGAAGGAGGCGCACCGCGACAAUACUGCCUUCACCGACUACGCGCGCGAGAGCGAGAAGGCCUACAAGCGCCAGCUGCGCAACAUGGGCGGCCCCGACCUGGAGCGCUACACGCGCGAGAAGAUGGCCGCCAUCGAGAAGGCCGCCGCCGCGGGGACCCUGGACAUUGUCGAGACGGAGGACGGUGAGAUGAUUGCCGUCGACAAGGACGGGACCUUUUUUAGCACGGCCGACUCGACCGCCUUCGCGCAGCACAAGCCCGACAAGGCUGCCGUCGACCGACUCGUGGCAGAUCUGCGCAAGGCUGAGGAGGCGUCGCUCAAGAGGAGGAAGGAACGGAUGGCGAAGAACGGGGACGACGGAGGCGACGUCACAUAUAUAAACGAGAAGAACAAGCAGUUCAACCAGAAGCUGGCACGCUUCUACAACAAAUAUACCGCCGAGAUUAGGGAAAGCUUUGAGCGUGGUACCAUGGUUUAGUGGGGACGGCUUCAGGGUGAUUUGUUUCGGUCAUGAUAGCGAACGGAGUUGGGUUGGGUAUUGAGUUAGAUAUUGUACAUGCACCGUCUAAACUACCUAUACACGGAGGUGACACAGUGAUGAUACAUUGAGUUUGGGGUUCACCCACCCCUAGAGCAUCGUCU